CCCUCGUGAGGGAGUCGAUUUCCUGCCUCAGUGGAUCAUGAGGGCCGAGCCCAGCCAGAGCUGAGCAUUUGGAAGGCGGGAGCCGUGAGGAGACAAGGCAAGCAGCUCGGAUCCUGGAGACCCCCCUGCACCCCCUAGUUUGGGGUCUCCUCUUCCUCAGCCUCUUCACCCAGGUCCCCUGAUCUUCCGAUCAAGGCUGGAGUGGAGAGGCGCCAGGCUGAACCGCCUGCAUUCCCCGCGUCCUGUCGCAAAACGCCGCGGCCCGGCGGAAAGCCGCUCGCCCAGACCCCUGCCUCUGGACACCGGCUAAGAGGAGCCGAGGGGGUGUGCUGAGGGGCAGCCAGGACUGGACAAGACCCCCCUGGGCAUCAUGAAGAUGGUGUGGCACCUAGCCGGACUCCUGCUGGCCUCUGGUGCCAUGAUCCUGAGCGCAAGUCCAGCGACGAUGCCCAGCUGCACUCUACAGCCGCUCACGGAAAACAGAGACACCAAAGUCCUCUAUACAACCAGCAAGGUCACCAGCGGAUGCACAAGCCGGGGUCCGGAAGACCUCGACGUCCACGUCCUUUACUUGAACACAUCCAAGCUAUCUAUUCUCCAGCUCAAUCUGAAUGUAGCCGCCGCAGCCAGAAACCGGAAAACGGUGUUUGUACUGAACUCUGUGACGUAUGCCUUUUGGAAAGUAAAUAUGGAGGACCAUCAACUUCCUCUGUCAUUUGCGGUCAGCAAUGGUCACAUUAAUGCCACCGGCGCUGAAAUCAACAGCAUCAAACCAACGUCGUCUAGUCAUGAUCUCCUUGCUUGGGCCAAAGCCGAGUAUGGGGGUGUCUCGUCUUUCGCUGAAUUGGAAACCCCAGAGAGUAUUAAUUUUCAUGUAGGCAAAGUGCUCAGCUCCAACGAGGAUUGUGUUCCUGGGAGAGAUUUCGACGCCAAACAAUAUUUGGAAGCCAGUUUUGCAUCCCAUAAUAUCAGGAGCUGUUUGCCCCCUGGUGGACACCAUGAGAAAGAAGCCCAUAUCCUAUGGCUAAAGCAGCCUCCACCAGAAUCUGGGAAACAAGAGGUGGGGGUGGAUAUAAAAGUCACCUGCAGAGCAGGAACCUCGGCGACCCUCCCUGAGAUGCUGCUGGUCCUCAAAAGCCACGACCGUCUUCUCUGGAGCUUUGGACAGAUGCCAGGCACCAUCAAACUAGCGGUAUCCGGGAAGUACUCCCUUAAGAUGUUCAAUUCCCCAGAACUGGAAGGCGAACAGCUGCCGGCCAGCGAGGAAGGCCUGAUCCAAGCGGCCCAUGGCAAAGACUUUGCAUCCAUUGCUUCGUUCACAGAGGUCCCCUCCGCUAAAAGCCUCACCCUGGAGCUGGUCCAGGACUGUGUUGGAUCGACAAAACAGGCGGUGUCCAAACCUCCAACAGAAGCCCCGAGCCUGAUUAAGAUGAUCCAGAAUCUGGUAACCGAAUGCCAGCCGUGGAGAUGUUUGGAUAACACCAUGGAGAUCGCUUUGCCCAAGGACUCCCUGAAGCAUUUACAGAGUUUGCUGCAAGUCAGCGAAGUCACGCUGCAGGACGCCAGCUGCAAAACCACCGACAAUUCCACCCACUUUGUCUUGAAAAGCCUGUUGGAAAGCUGCUCCACCGCCGUGGAAGGCGGCGUCCUGGCCAAGAACAAGCUGGUCUUCAGCCUGGCUCCGCUUACAGAAAAAGUAACGGUUCCUUUCGAAUGCACUCUCCCGGAGAAAGUUUUCCUCCAGCUUUAUCCCACGCCAGAUUUCAGUUCAACGCAGACGACUGUGAUCAGAGUCAACGAAGCCACCUACGUCCAGCUCUCGCUCCGGACUGCGAACAAGGAGGCUGAGGUGGAAGUUGAAGAUUGCUCUCUGUACACCUCACACCAAGCGUCCCCGCAGCUGCUGAUUUCCAGGCGGAAGCCCCAGAGCUAUGCGGUGAAGUUCCUCACCUCGCCCAGCCCUAAGAUCCAUCGGUUCAGUUUCGUCUACAAAGUCGCAGGGGAGCAGUGGUCUGUGGCGCCGGCCACUCUCGUCUGCAGGCUCUGGGUGAACAGCGAGUCUCAAGGACCCCAUGAAUUCGAAAGUGUUUUAGAGGUGACUUUGAAGAACCCCAAUAUUCCAAUCCGCGGCCAAGAACUGAAGAUCGGGACUGUGCUGGGAAUAACUUUCGGUGCCUUUUUAAUCGGAGUCCUGCUCACCGGGGCCCUUUGGUACAUCUACUCCCAUACUCGCUCAACAGCCAAGAGGCCCCCGGUGUCGGCCGACCCGCCUGCUUCGGAGAGCGGCAGCACCAACCCCAGCAUCGGAAGUACGCAGAGCACUCCAUGCUCCACCAGCAGCAUGGCAUAGCAGCCCCACACACACACACACACACGUGCCCCCACCCCACCCCCAGAAAUCCAAGAGGUGGACGGGACUGUCUGUUGAUGCUUUCACGGAGAGGGUGGGCCAGAACGACAGAUGAGUCCAGCUGCUCGAGACCGACACUCCUUUUAUCCAAAGAGGGUGGGUGGGGGAAAAAUGUACACAAAACCCAGAAGCCACACCUUCCCACCCCGUCAAGGUGGAACUGCAAAAGUGGUCCUGUUUGUGACUAGCAUCUCAAAGGCUGUUGACACCCAAGCGCCCAAGAUGUACAGGAAACCAGAACUUGUGAACAGCCGGUUCAUCGUUGACAUUGUGGCUCAUCCAGGUUGACCGGACCCUGGUUCUUCCUUGGAAAGAUGGACAUGGACAACCCCGUGAUGUUGGAAGUCACAAGGCAUGUGAUCGUUCCAGAAAAGGGGGGUGUGUCUAGCAAGGUCCUAACCGUCUGAUCGGUGGCAAAUUGAGAUGGGUUGGAAAGUCAGUCACUGGUUUGUAUUUAUGUGUUUCCGUCGGCACCGUCCAAAGUCUGGUUAAGGCAGUUUUAGGAUCAGGACUGGCCUUACUUCCAAAAGAGAGACAAAUUAAGAUUUAGGGAGGAUCUCCGUUCCUGCUUAUGGCCAGGAUCUUAAGCAUGAUGUGACGCCCUGUAAUUUCCCCAGAUUCUACACCCUGCUUAGAAUUCAGCUCAACGUUUAUCUCAGCAUCUCCAUUUCUCUCCUCUGCUUGAUUGAGGUCAAUAACCAGAGGUUGGAAAAAUUGUAAUUUGGGGGGAACUUAACACAUUCCAGAAUCCUUCAGCCAACAUAAGUUGACUCAGCAGUUCUGGAAGCCAUCAACCAAAAAAAUCUAAUUUUUCUGAGCUUUUUUUUCUGAGUGGUCUGUGGGAGAAGGAGGACGUUAUGCAACACAUAACAUGAAAAUGUUCCCGAAAGAGGAGGAAAAGUAUUGCUGCCCCAUCCUCCCACUCCCGGGGGGGGUGGACGGGCAAGACAAAUAAGUUGUUGAGAGAUCUUUAGGGACAGGAGAGAAGCUGUGUGUUCGGUCUUUACUAAUCUCAAAACUCAAGCUAACCAGACUCGGUUUUGAAAUACUUAUUACUGUACUUAUAUAAAUAGUUAUACAUAGAAUAUAUUUUGUUAUCUGUGUAUACGGGACUGUAUUGCUAUGUCUACUCAUGUUUUCUUCUCUCAUAUUUCAUAUGGAAGGGGAAGGAUUUCUGCCAAGUUGUACUUUUCAAGAAAUUACAAUGUUGUGACUGGAAAUGGGAGAAGUUCACUUUAUUUUUUUUAUUUUUUGGAGAGGGUCGAUUUCCCAAAAUUCUUGUGGGUUUCCAGAAAGUGUAGGCUGCAAAAGGGACAUAAACGGGUGGGAGGAUAACAGGGCAUUAAUUCCGAUGGGAAGCAAAAGGCGGAGUAUUUGGGCGAGGAUGGAAGGGCUGUGAAGGGUGUAGAGGAAAAGCAACCUCAAAUUCACGUGCCCGAGCGAUAUCCUUUAAAAGGGGCUGAACGGACCCACAGAAGUGCAUAGGAAUGGUCCUUAUGGCAAGAUGCUAACCUCGUGAUCUCUCCUGAGAGAAGCCAGGCGAAGCUAUUGUGCCGAAAACCACCUGAACCUUUUGGCACCUUGAAAGACUACCAGUUUUUCUUAGGAAUAAGUUCUUCCAGACCACUGCCAACUUCAUCAGGCAACAUCAACUGUUUCUCCUUGCUUUUGAUGUCAUCAAUCUACUCUGCGGUGGGAAAUGGGGUGCUCAAGGUUUACGUUGUCCCUCUUUCAUGGGGUUCAGCGAUCAAACCUCCAGAAGCCCACCUUCAAAACUAGAGGCUUGUUAAAACAACUGUUGUGGAUCAAAUCUGAGAAGGCUAUAGUCCACCAGUCCGACCACCACAGUUCCCGUGUCUUGUUUCGAACACACCCUCUAAUUUCAAAGGACCCCUCGUUAGCAGGCUUACAUGGUGGGCCCCUUCUUUCCCAACGCAAUUGGCGUUAAGGGAGACCAACGCCUUGAUGACGCCAACUCUGUAUUUUGAUCCGUGUAAAUAUUCUUGAGUGAAACCAACUGUAACCUCAGUUAUUGUAUAAAUAUAUUAUUGUGUCGGA